AUGAACGAAACAGACCCUAAAAGUAUCAUUAAAAGCAUCUGUGACCUAAUGACUGAGCACUGGCUACAAGGUGUGGUGUUUGGAGAUGACACUGACCAGGAGGCCAUUGCCCAGAUCCUGGACUUCAUUUCGGCCCAGACCCACAUCCCAAUCCUAGGAGUCCGCGGUGGUUCGUCCAUGAUUAUGGCUGCUAAGGAUGACGACUCCAUGUUCUUUCAGUUUGGCCCCUCCAUUGAGCAGCAAGCUUCAGUCAUGCUCAACAUUAUGGAGGAAUAUGACUGGUACAUCUUCUCCAUCGUCACCACCUAUUACCCGGGAUACCAGGACUUUGUCACAAAGAUUCGGAGCACCAUAGAGAACAGUUUUGUAGGCUGGGAGCUGGAGGAAGUGUUACUCCUAGACAUGUCUGUAGACGACGGAGAUUCCAAAAUUCAGAACCAGCUAAAGAAGCUCCAGAGUCCUGUUAUCCUUUUGUACUGCACGAAAGAAGAGGCCAACACCAUUUUUGAAGUGGCCCAUUCUGUUGGGAUUACUGGUUAUGGUUACACAUGGAUAGUGCCCUCACUCAUCGCUGGAGACACUGACGUAGUACCUGCGGAGUUCCCCACAGGGCUGCUGUCCGUGUCCUACGACGAGUGGGACUACGGCCUAGAGGCCCGCGUUCGCGAUGGUGUGGCUAUCAUAACCAUGGCAACCUCCACCAUGAUGAUGGACCGAGGACCUCACACCUUGCUGAAGUCUGAGUGCCAUGGAGCUCCUGACAAGAAGACCCCCAUCUCGGGCAACCCUAAUGAAGUCCUCAGGUACCUAAUGAAUGUGACGUUCGAGGGCCGUAAUCUUUCGUUCAGUGAGGACGGCUACCAGAUGCACCCUAAGCUGGUCAUAAUUCUGCUCAACAAGGACAGACAGUGGGACAGGGUUGGCAAAUGGGAGAAUGGCUCCCUCUCCAUGAAGUACCACGUGUGGCCUCGCUAUGAACUAUAUGGUGGAAUUGCAACCAGGGAGGAUGACCACUUGUCCAUUGUAACGCUGGAGGAGGCUCCUUUUGUCAUUGUGGAGGACGUGGACCCACUUAGUGGGACUUGCAUGAGGAACACCGUGCCCUGCCGCAAACAGAUCAAAACAUUGAAUCAGACAAAGGAACCUGGGAUCUACAUCAAGCGUUGCUGUAAGGGCUUCUGCAUCGACAUCCUAAAGAAGAUCGCCAAGUCAGUCAAGUUCACGUAUGACUUGUACCUGGUUACUAAUGGCAAACAUGGAAAGAAGAUCAACGGAACUUGGAACGGCAUGGUGGGAGAGGUGGUGUUAAAAAAUGCCCACAUGGCCGUCGGCUCCUUGACCAUCAAUGAGGAAAGGUCAGAGGUCAUCGAUUUUUCUGUCCCCUUCAUCGAGACGGGCAUCAGUGUCAUGGUCUCCCGCAGCAAUGGCACAGUUUCACCCUCUGCCUUCUUAGAGCCCUUCAGCGCCGAUGUGUGGGUGAUGAUGUUCGUGAUGCUGUUGCUGGUGUCAGCAUUUGCCGUGUUCAUUUUUGAGUACUUCAGCCCCGUGGGCUACAACCGCUGUCUAGCUGACGGCAGAGAGCCGCACGGUCCAUCCUUCACCAUUGGCAAAGCCAUCUGGUUGUUGUGGGGUCUGGUCUUCAACAACUCUGUGCCAGUGCAGAACCCCAAAGGUACCACCAGUAAAAUCAUGGUGUCAGUCUGGGCCUUCUUUGCUGUCAUCUUCCUGGCCUCCUACACUGCCAACCUGGCUGCCUUCAUGAUCCAAGAGGAAUAUGUGGACCAGGUAACUGGACUCUCUGACAAAAAGUUUCAAAACCCCAACGACUUUUCGCCUCCCUUUCGGUUUGGCACGGUCCCUAACGGGAGUACAGAGAGGAACAUAAGGAACAACUAUCAAGAGAUGCACUCCUACAUGACCAAGUUUCAUCAGAGAAAUGUCAACGAGGCUCUUCAGAGUCUUAAGGCUGGCAAACUAGACGCUUUCAUUUAUGACGCGGCCGUGCUAAAUUACAUGGCUGGCAGGGACGAGGGCUGCAAGCUGGUGACCAUCGGCAGCGGCUACAUCUUCGCCACCACCGGCUACGGCAUCGCCAUCCAAAAGGAGUCUCUCUGGAAGAGACACGUGGACUUGGCCAUCUUGCAGCUCUUUGGAGACGGUGAAAUGGAGGAGCUGGAGUCACUGUGGCUGACAGGGAUCUGCCACCACGAGAAGAAUGAAGUGAUGUCCAGCCAGCUGGAUGUGGACAACAUGGCAGGAGUUUUCUACAUGCUGGGGGCCGCCAUGGCUCUGUCGCUUAUCACGUUCAUCUGCGAACACUGGUUCUACUGGCAGCUGCGUUUCUGCUUCAUGGGUGUCUGUUCGGGUCGUCCUGGCUUGGUCUUUUCCGUCAGCAGGGGCAUUUACAGCUGCAUUCACGGCGUACAGAUUGAAGAGAAAAGCAGCUCAGCUUUGAACUCUCCAUCAGCCACCAUGAACAACACUCAUUCCAAUAUCUUGCGCCUCUUGCGCACCGCCAAAAACAUGGCCUCCGGGGUCAACGGCUCACCACACAGCGCUCUGGACUUCAUUCGACGCGAAUCUUCUGUUUACGACAUCUCGGAACACAGACGCAGCCUGGCGGGUCACUCGGACUGCAAGCAACCUUACUUACCGGAAGAUAACAUGUUCAGUGACUACAUUAGUGAGGUGGAAAGGACGUUUGGUAACGUCCACAUGAAGGACAGUAAUCUGUACCAGGAUCAUUACUUGCAUCAUCAUGGUUCCUCACUUGGGCUCAGUGGACCACCUCCAAACAGGCCACAUAGUUUGGGAAGUGCCAGUUCCCUGGAAGGUGGCAUGUUUGACUGCGACAGCCUUGGAGGAGGGGUGCCGCCUAUUUUCACCACCCAACCCUGCUCAGCAUUGACCCACAGAAACAUGAGCAAGUUUGAUCUUCUGUCUGGACAGACCCCACCCUCAGGCCAGGGCUUUAAGAGUGGCCUGCCUGACUUGUAUGGCAAGUUUUCAUUCAAGGGAGGUGCCUCAAGUUCAACCUACAUCCCUGGGCCUACUUAUUGUGGCGGCAGAGGAGAUGAGGAUGGAAAUAUACGAUCGGAUGUCUCUGAUAUCUCCACACACACUGUAACCUACGGGAACCUGGAAGGCAACGCAAAGAAGCGCAAACAGUACCGCGAUAGCCUGAAAAAGAGGCCGGCCUCUGCCAAGUCUAGACGUGAGCUGGAUGAGAUUGAGCUUGGCUACAGGAGAAAACCUUACCAUAUCAGCCACCAUCACUAUCACAACCAUCGUUCUGCCUCACCACCACUAUUGCCAUCAGACCGUAAGCGAGGAGGCGGAGGAGGAAAUAAUGAUACAAACUAUCUCUUCAGAGAAAAAGAGAGUGUUCGGGACUUUUACUUGGACCAGUUCCGUCCAAAGGAGGGUGUCCCUCAGUGGGAACAUGUGGAUCUGACUGAGGGCCCUGGAAAUAGAGAUAGUGGAGUACCAACUUGCACUUCUCUGGUUCCGGUGGAGGACUUCCUCAAGAGCAAACCCAAAAAGUCUGACUCAAAAGGUGGCGGAGGAUCUGGAUUGGCAGGAGGAGAGUGGGAGUGCAGGAACUGUCGGUCUGGUGGAGGAGUGAAGCAGAUGUCCAUGCACGGAGGAGGGGGCGGCGGUGGAUACGGCGGUGGUAUGAGCUGCGGGUCAUCAGGGGGCGGCGGAAGCAGCCGCCCUAGCUCUGCAACCUGUAUGCGUUGCGAGGGAUGUAAAAAGACAGGCAACCUCUACGAUAUCAGCGAGGACAACAACCACCUUUUGGAACAGAUCGGUGGAGGAAAAGGCGGGGGAGGAGGUGGUAUGGGCGCAAUCCCCCAACCGCAAUCGCAAGCCCAGCAGAGGAGGAAAGGUGGAGGAUUUGGAAAGCCACUCAGGCGGCAACAUUCGUAUGACGCCUUUGUCGACCUUCAGAAGGAUGAGUCGGGCGGCAUGGGGAGCAUGAUGGGCGGUAUGGGAGGAGUUGGGGGAAUGAGCGGUCCGGGUAUAGGAGGAAUGCUGCCACCUCCCAGAAGUGUUAGCUUGAAGGAGAAGGAGCGCUACAUGGAGGGCGCCAGUCCCUUUGCACACAUAUUUGAGCGUCACGGGGGCUCUGAGAGAGAAAGGGAAAGAGACAGGGACACUUCUUUUUAUGGAGGUGAGGGCCGAUUCGGUGGCCUGUUCAGAGGAGGUGAGGGCCUCCAUCGUCGCUCUGUAGGAGAGCGAGACAUGAGAGACAGGGAUAGGUCUUUGAUGGAAGGUGGAGGCGGGGCAGCUUUCUCUUUAUCCAAAUCUCUUUAUCCCGACCGGGUAAACCAGAACCCCUUUAUACCCACGUUUGAUGAUGACCAGUGUCUCAUGCACGGGGCAAAACAGUAUUAUAUGAAAAAGCAACAGCAUUCUGCCUCGGCCGGGGUUAUGUCGAAUGUGUCCCCCCGGUUCCCGAAAGAGCUCAGUCUGGGUGGGCUGAACCACCACGGCUCCAUGCUAGGGGUUGGCCCACCGCGACCCUUCAAUGGAAGCAACGGCCAUGUCUACGAGAAACUUUCCAGCAUUGAGUCAGACGUGUGA